CAUACACAAAUACAAAUUGAAGAACAAAGAAGAAGCUUCAUCAUCAUCGUUACAAUUGCUAACAUUAACAUGUCUUGUUCUGUGGCAGUUCCCACUUCCCCAGUGUUCUCUUUCUACAACAACAAUAACAACGUUAACUCUUCCACCGCAGAACCUCUCAUGCUCUCUCUUCCCAUUCCCUCUACGACGCCGUCUUGCUCCUCAUUAUCUCCACCCUCCUCUCCCUUGUUGAAGAGAAAGAGACCCGCCAAACUCGACAUUCCCGUCGCUUCUAUCGCUUUUGCUGUCUCGCCGACGGCGGCGCCGUCGCCGGCGAGGGACGCCUUCGAGGUCGACGGACCUGGGUUUUCUGUGUUUUGCAAACGAGGAAGGAGGCAUCAUAUGGAGGAUUGUUUCUCCGCUGCCGUUGAUCUUCACGGUCAACCAAAACAGGCCUUUUUCGGGAUAUUUGAUGGGCAUGGGGGAACAAAGGCUUCGGAAUUCGCUGCACAUAACUUGGAAAAGAAUGUGUUGGAGGAGGUGGUUAGGAGAGAUGAAAAUGACAUUGAGGAGGCAGUGAAGCAUGGUUACCUCAACACAGAUUCUGAAUUCUUGAAGGAGGAUCUUAAUGGUGGCUCUUGCUGUGUGACAGCAUUGAUCAGGAAUGGUAACCUUGUUGUGUCCAAUGCUGGAGAUUGUCGUGCUGUGAUUAGCAUAGGAGGUGUGGCAGAAGCCCUAACAUCUGAUCACAAGCCUUCUAGAGAAGAUGAAAGGGACAGAAUUGAGACUCAGGGUGGCUAUGUUGAUGUGUGCCGUGGUGUAUGGAGGAUACAAGGGUCAUUGGCUGUUUCUAGGGGAAUUGGAGAUAGAAACCUGAAACAAUGGGUCAUAGCAGAACCUGAGACCAAAGUUCUUAAAAUUGAACCUCAGCAUGACUUGUUGAUCUUAGCUUCAGAUGGAUUAUGGGAAAAGGUUAGCAAUCAGGAAGCAGUAGAUAUUGCUCGUCCUUUUUGUGUUGGGAACAAUAAACAGCAACCUUUGCUGGCUUGUAAGAAACUCGUGGAAUUAUCUGUGUCACGAGGCUCUGUGGAUGACAUAAGUGUUAUGAUUAUCAAAUUGCAAAACUACAUUUGAAGUCUCGUGGUACAAGAGAGAAGAAAGGUUGGGAGGGUAAACGGGAGCCUCCACCUUAAUUAAAUACUUCUUCAUUCUAAUUAGCUUGAACAGUAGAAUCAGUCAGAAUAUGAUGAAUGUGAUUAUGAUUAAGGGAAAGAAGGUGGUAGCCUGAAAUUAAGAGUACUUAAUUUUUAAUCUCAAUAUAUCGGACGAAUGACAAUGUUAUUCGUUGAUGAUAUUAAUUAGCACUAACUUGAGUAAUUAUUUGGUAGAUUAAUGAUCUUGAUGUAGUUAGCAUCUUUUGUAGUGUAUAAAAAGGGUUGAAUUUUGUAUCCGAUCCAAAUGCA